UGAAAGCCAUAUAUAUAUAUAUAUAUAUAUAUGUGACCUUACAUCAAGCAAGAAAAUGCACUCUGUUAACAUGGCUAACAAGCUCUCUUUCUUCUUUUGCAUUCUCCUUGUUUCACUGGCGGUUGAUUCUUUUUGGUCCUCAAACACUCAAGUGAUGGCUUUGCGAGAUCUACCUUUAUUAGAAGAAGCUGUACAAGUAAUUGAGCAGAUUGUACUUCGAGAUGUGCGUUGUUUCGACCGUUGCAAGACUAAUGCAGAUUGCAAAAAUGUAAUAGGCCCGAGAAAGUGUAGAGAAAACAAUUCUCUUGUUAGAGAUUUUUCUCCUAUUCGAAAUAAGAGAUCCCAUUAAUUCUA